CGUGUUUAAGAUAAUAUAAUGACUUCUAUCAUUCAACUUUGUUUUCAGUAGUUUAUAUAAUAUGGUGAUCAGAUGCUGAAUGUUAAAAUAAUAUUUAAGUACUAUCAAAUAACCGUGUUUUGUCAACUAUUCUGCGUGUGUGUAGGAACCUAUCUUCAGCAAAUGUGUGUUCCACACGGACGGUUUUAAGACACGGUCGAGAUGUUUGUUUUCGUUUGCGUAUGUGUUUUUGUUGCUUACAUUGUUUCUAUAAAGUUUGUGUAUUACAGAUAUAGACAGUUAUGGCCACACAUGUGGGAUAAAAUAUCCACUCCGUUACACACUGGCGGAAAUAAACAUUUUUGUCCAACACAAGAGAGAUCCGAUGUACACUUGCGGAAUUAUGAGGUGCGCACGAGAUCCACCGGGAUACGAGCUCUGUUGGUCACCGCGCAUCCAGAUGAUGAAUGCAUGUUCUUUGCACCCACCGUCUUGAAUCUUGUUAAAUCAAAAGUAGACGUACAUCUGUUGUGUUUGUCAACAGGCAACUACAACAAUCAAGGACCACAACGCAAAAAGGAACUGCUUGGCAGCUGUACAGUUCUGGGCAUCCCAACCCACAAUGUCACCAUCACAGAUAACAAAGAGCUUCCAGAUGACCCGACGGUCCAGUGGAGCACUGCUCUGAUCUCCUCUCUGAUCCUCAAACAUAUAGAAAACUACACCAUCAGCCUGGUCCUAACAUUUGAUGGAAGAGGUGUAAGUGGACAUGCCAAUCAUACUGUCAUCUAUAAGGCCCUCAGUCAUCUGGCUUCUUCUGGAAGACUACCUUUAGGUUGCCAGGUCUUUUCUCUUCACACCAUCAGCCUACUCAGGAAGUACCUGUCAGUCUUCGAGCUGCCAGUCAGCUGGCCUCCCUCUGAUUUGUGCUGCAUUAUUGGAUGGGAGGAGUAUAAACGUGCCAAGAAAGCCAUGCUGUGCCAUCAAUCUCAGCUGGUGUGGUUCCGCCGGCUCUACAUACUGUUCUCACGCUAUAUGAUUAUGAACACAUUCCAGGCUGUCGCCGUGGAAACAAAGAAUGUAAAAAUGUAUUAGUUUAGAUCUUGUUUUGCACUGUUCCUGCUCACGUGGGACUAAAUUCAGGCACUGAGGCUUUAAAGUUUUAUUUACUGUUACUGUCAUUCUAAAAAAGUAGGUGGGAUCAAAAUAACAUUAGCACAUAGUGACCGCAGUGGAAUGUGUUUGUCUACGAUAAACUGCUUACUGAAAUUAUUUGAUAGCGAAUUUGUCAAACUGGUUCCUUCAAGUUCAACGCAAUAAAUCCAAAACUUGACCAAUCCUGUAUAUACUUGUGCCUUGUAAUAUGAAGGGGAUGGAAGACAAAGUUUACAUAUUCUUGAAUGUUCUGUUAGUCUUGUUACUGUACUUUGUUAAGAUUUUUUGUUAAAGCACUGUUCUAAGCUGAUCACUAAACACUGUACCAAAACUAGUUCAGUACGGUUUCAAAACUGACUAAAUGUAUUUGUGAAUGAAUCUGUUGAAUUACACGUUUAUGCCCGUUACACACCAGGAAUACUCUUUGAAAAAUAAAAGAUGAAAUGAA